AUGACUAACGACAAUAACAACAACAGCGAAAGCACCACCUCUUUGCCACCACCCGGCAAUCAACAGCCAAGCACCAAUGAGGCAGGAACAUCACCAACAACUACGCAAUCUCCAACAUUAACCAAUUCAAGUACAAUCAGUAGUACUGCUCCUGCCAAACAGCAAGCACCAGCACCAGCACCAGCGACCACCACCCCCUCACAACCACUCCGUGAAGACAUGAUCAAGUCAGCCGUCUCGUUCUUGUCGUCUCCUAAUGUCCGAUCCGCAGACAAUGCCAAAAAGGUCGCAUUUCUUCGCCAAAAAGGCCUUACAGCGGACGAAAUCACGGAAUCAUUUAAACGGGUUGGAGAGAAUGGAGCAGCUGUAACAGCUACGGCAAGCGCACCGGCACAGGCUAUGGCUUUACAACAAGCAGGACCUCCAGUCGUAAGCCGACCUGCCGUCCCACCACGACCGCCUCAAGUUGUCUAUUAUCAACCUGCUCCUCCACCUGUCAUGCCGAUACAACAGGUGCUUGGAAUUGCAUUACUUGCAGGUUUUGGAUUAGUUGGUAUCACUGCUGGUAUACUGCGUAUCAUCAAGCGAUUCAUUGGGCCGAUAUUCGACUCAAUAGCAAGAUACCAAAGCGAUCGUUAUAACCAACGGGCGGCGCUUCUCUCUAGACUAAGCAAGACAAUUGCUGAUGUCAAACCGGUCCAAGGCAAUAAGCAGCUUGUAGAAAAACAUCAGACGCUGAGCGAACGGGUAGCGAACGUGGUAAAUCUUGCCGAGGAACGUGUCAAAGUAUUAAGCGACAAUGAAACAUACACUGGAUUCCGCAACAAGGUGACCGAACUAAAGGAUGCCAUCACCCAUCCUGACUACAUGUACUCGGCAUAUGCGUCCCAGUUCAGCUCGUAUGGAUACACCCCAGGACGAACGAAUCACUCGAACGACAGUCCUGCAGUACAAUCGUUCAAGAGCGAAAUCAGAAGCUUCAAAGGCAUGCUGUUGAACAGACGAAACUUUCCUAUGGCAAAUACUACUAGUACCACCGGCAGCAGCAACAACAGUCGACCUUCUUCUCCAGUAACAACGACUCCUCCUGUCCGUGACGUCCCUCAAUACCAUCCUCGGCGGCGAGAAUCCUUCCGCUCUGAAUUAAGCAAUAAUAACAAUGCUACUGCGUCAUCAACAUCUUCACCGCAAACUACAACUGUAUCUCAACAAAGUCAAUGA